GUCGAGUAACCGUAUCAUCUGUUCAGUGUAUCACUAUAUCAUGCUUAUUAUUGACAUGAAUUCUCCAUGGUUUACGACUACUACGUAUUCUACGGUGUCACGGUGGCAAUAUUUUGUUGCGAAACAUCAGCGUAACCUAAUAGUACGGAAGACUAAUGAUUCCAUAAUAUGGCCUGUCCGUUCUACGAAGCCGUUGCUGGGGUAAGUCAGACAUCCUAAAAUGUUUCCAUGUUUUGAAAGGAUUUUUCUUGUAGCUGCGUACGUUGGUUUUGCAGUAGUGUAACAUUGUUUACACACUCUAGCAGAUCGACUGACUGAAGAGUGCCAUAGUUUAUGAUGAUCUGUUCCUAAAGAAAUUCGGAAAAAAAGAGGCUGUAACACAAUCAGUCGAUCUAUCUGCUUGCCACUAUUUGGAGAACCUCUGAAUAUCGAAUUCGAUCUGAUCUCACGUGGUUUUUUUUCAUCUUAUUUGGUCAAGUUGUUGAAGAUCUCCGAUCCUUUUAUAAGUAUCAGUACGUUGCUAUCAUAUUUACCGACUGUUGGGCUGUUUCCCAGAGUAUACACUAGUAAACGAAGGUCUUCCGGAAAUCAGAACAUCAAACAAAUAGGUUCAUGGUGGAUGUCACAUCAGCUGUUAUUUUAUUGUACCGUCUUCACUAGUUGUCGUAGAGACCGAGCAUUUUGGGGAGAGGGGGAAAGAAGUUUAAUCUCUAAAGUGAAAGUUAUUUUUCUUUUUGUUUUCACUUGCCUAAACGAUUUAUGCUCGUUUUUUCUUUCGCUUUCGUGGAUCGUGUUUGCUCUAGCGAGUGAAAAGUGUGUGUCCGACUCGGCGGAACAAAAGGGAAAACAACUUUGACAGCGGUCAUUUGCUCUUCUGUGUCGAAAAAAGAGCACAUGUGUGCAACCAUAAAACACUAAAGAGAAACAACAGCGAAUCUCGUCAGUGAUUCGGACGUUGUAAAUAUAGUUUUCCUUCCAGUGGCGCGUGUGAAAAUAACAAAAAACAAAAAAGAAAACAAAGUUUCCAAGACGAAAAAGGGGGAAAAAACUUGACUUUCGGCGGCACCACCAACUCGUAACGUUUUCUUUCUUAUUUCUGUGUUUGAGUUUGAUGAUUUGAGCUUUUGUUUGGCUUUUAUUGGUUUCUUUUUGUUUUGUUUGUUGCAAAGAAAAUCGAGGAUCAGGAAAGGGGAAACUGGGUUGAACGAAUCCAAACAAAUCCAGCGAAAUGGUAAGAAGAAAAAGAAAAAAAUCAACAACGGAAGUAGGAAACUUGGGACCGGAGCCGGAAGAACGGGGAGGGUACGAAACGAGAUUUUUGUUUUGCUCUAUUUCUGUUUCCUCUCGCAUCCGAAAGGAAGACGGAUGUAACAAAUAAUCAACGAUUUUGGCUUGCGAGGUGAAUGAAUUCUCACUGUUAGUGCUCUCUCGUCUAUGCUGUUUACGAAGUUAAUGGGAAAAUAUUCUCAGUCGUUCAGCGGUAAUCACAUAACCCUCAAUUUAAAAAAAAACCGUCCCUAAUUUUUUGAAUUGAAUUAUUAAAGCUACAUUAGGCAAACAUUUUAUACUGAAAUUCGUCGUCUAUGUAAUUGUCUAGUUCCUACUUUUCUUAUUAAAAUAACGCAACUUAUCACUAAUUCCUUACUCGAGUACGAUUCCUAAAGUGGUUAAGUGACAAUUUGCAAUUUCUACUAGUUUUUUGGAGGAAGUUGUUUUUCAUUUUUCAAGUUUUUUAAAAGCACGUGGACGUUAGCAAGCAAUAAAAAUAAAUCUCGGGUAAUUAAUUUACCGAGUAAUAUUAUCAGCGCCCACACGCAACAGCCUAAUGCAUGCAAAUGCUGAAGGACAGCAGAUGCGCUAAUUUUAAACUGGUAAUUUCCAUAUUAAUUCUCUGUCCAUCCGACAAUUAAUCUGUAAUGGGACGUAGUAGGGGAACUUGGCGAGAUUUUAUAAAGUCUAACUCGGGUUUAAAGUUUUAAUAAUUCAAACGGAACACGAUUUAAAAAAUGUAGAUUUUGAUUUAUUGAUUAGUUUCUUUUUCAUUUUCUUUCAGGAUGCCAAGGUCUUCCCUCCUUGGCUCCUUCAUAAAGUAGCAAUCUUUAAUGCUGGGUUUUUCUUUUUUUUUCGGUCGUUAUUGCCCUUGAUAUUUGUAUUAGCCUUCUUGUUGUUUACGUUGCCGGAUGAAUAGCUGAGGCGCACGUAGUACUACCAAUAUGUUUGCUGAAUGCCAAACGAAAAUGGUCAUUUACUUUCUUUGAAUCCGAAGUUGUUGCGCUAAGUUUAGAAGGCGACCGAAUUGAAUCGUGACGACCUCAAUUGAUGUCGUCAGCAGACACCGAACCAUGAACUCUUUAUCACGCACCACCUUCUUCCAAUGAGAUUAGUUCAUUUGUUUAUUUCUCCUUCUCUUUGAUUCGCUGCCUUAUUGGCUGUUGUUUUUUUGUUUUUCUAUUUAAAAGCCCAAAAAACCAAACAAACAAAAAACUGUUGUCUUUAAUUUCGUCGUAGGAACCCUCAGUUAUUUAGCACGAAAAAACCAAUCUCAUUCUUCCCGACAUGCAUAGUAGAAGGCGCCUUCACGACGCAAACGUGUGUCUGGAAACACGAUUGUACUCACCGCUGUCCUUUUCAAAUACGCGAUAGGCGCUUAAACUUUUAUUCCAAAAUCUUUCUCCAACUACGACUGUAUUUGAUGCAAACAUGGGCGCCCAAUUUCAAAUCGUUUUGUCGCCGAUUCUUAAGAGUGAGCACGCAGUAAAUGUGAUCGAUCGCCCUUAAGUCGUCGUGUGGGCGGAUGGAGCAACUUUAUGUCUACAUUGGAAUCGUAAAACCGAAAUCGAAAUCCGGACGCGACGCGAUAUAGAAUCGAUAUGUAAAUAGAAACCCGGACGAAAAGGCUGGCUGCCGCUGCCUCUCAUAAAAGCGAGAAAGGGCAAGCCCCAAACCGCUGAAGAUGGGGCCGAAAUGGUUUUAAAAGACAGCAAUUUCCAGCCAAAUAUACGAGGGUAUUGAGGGAUCUCGACUCGGGAGGAUUUAUCUUGGUUCAUGCACGCACGUCGAAGAGGGGGUAGCGAAGCUGCGGUGUCACGCCGCUUUUGAAAUAACUCGACGGAACGAAACGACAUGGUCGGAAGAAGAAGAAGAAGAGGGAGGUAGCAGCAGCAGCAGUACAUCCAUCUGGGGAAGACCAGUCGUCAAGAUAGGGCCUGCCAACGAUGUCGUACAUUAUUGAAACAAUUUCUUCGCCUCGCUCGACUAAGCGUGAUUGAAUUAAAAGUCGGCCAUCCUUAAACUGGGCCGGAACACGACCGAAUCCAUCUUAUUCAACCCGGCGAACGGAAGUUGCAGGACAGCAGCAGCAGCAUCUUCAUUAUUACCUCCACAUCGGUUGGCGUCAUCUGUCGGGUUACGCGACACUUGAGAGGGCAUAAUAUAGACAAACACCCACACACAUCGGCCGCCGCAUGUCCCGGUUGUGUUUGUUUGUUUACCUGUCGGAGGAAAUCAUGACCAUCACACAAGGCCUGGGCGAGAAGAACCCACGAACGAGAACAGAAGGUGGCCUUAUUAGUAUUAUGAAGGGGCGCCGUCGAUGGUGGUCUUCCUGUUGGAAAGCGAAGGCGGCAGCUGCUUCCGACAUCCGCAAAAAUAAAAGAAGAAGAAGGACGAUAGACAAAUAAAAAGAUGCGUUCAACAGCACUCGAUGGUGACGAAUAAGGAACCCUGAUAUGGAGCAAACGUGCUCUUUGUCAACCCCGUUGGCUAUACACACGCCUCUAUCUCUCGCCCAUCAAGACAUCGGAAGCCCAGCUAGAGAGGCUUUCUUGGCUCUGGCGCUGCUGGGACCGGUCGGCUGAGAGCAUGCGUGAUGUGCUUGCUGCUGGGCUGGUUGAUUGUACCGAAGAGGGACAUGGUUUUCCGUCCGAGACUCAGGCUCUGCAGUAGGUCGCUUCACGUGAGCCAGUCUAGUCCUUGGCUACCCACCGCCUACUUCGGGGUAAGAAAACUGUGUGGAUGUGUGUUUUGCCAAUCACGCGAAAUAGUCGCCCAAUUGAUUGGUACUGGUCGAUGGGUGACAAGGUGCCCUGUCGGACAAGUUUCAGAUCGAAUAUCCGCCGCCAGUGGUAAGGAAUGCAAUCCAUCGAGUCGAUGGAGGACGAAUCUCAUUUGAACUCGAUACACGCCGGACAAUCAACAGCUCAACAAAGAACACCGUCUCCAUCUCUCCGCUGCGUCGACCUGAAUGCCUUCAGUUCUUCAAUCAAGUCGGAUCCGUUUUUAAAUACCAAUUCCGCCAAACAUUCGUUGCCGCACAUCUCACUGGGGACGUUCAACAUGUCUUCAUCGUCGCCGGCUUCUUCGCCUCCGCAGGUCCGGCAGGCCUCUUCCGCCGCUCCGUCGUCCCGCAACGGACUCGUCGGACUCUCCAAAGUCGGCCGUCACCGACCGGUUGUGCGUAGUCAAAGCUCGCGGAUCUCACUCUUACGCCAACCGCCGCCCAGCGCGUCCAGUCUCAACAGCGGGACCGACGAAGAACAUUUCUCCAUGCCCGAAAGGUACGUGGAGUACCGCGGUAGGAGCUGCAGUCGCUGUUGGUGGUGGAUCCCGUUCACCGUCAUCACCUCAAUCAUCGUUGCAUCUGCCGUCUUCUGGUUCUGGCAACCUUAUGGAUUGUUUGGCAAUUAUGAAGAUGCGAGCGCCGCAUUGCCGGAAGACCAGCAUCAGGGCGAGCUGUGCACGACUCCGGCCUGUGUGAGAGCGGCAGCGCGUCUUCUGGCCCGUCUCGAUCCGUCGGUUGAUCCCUGUACCGAUUUCUACCGAUUCUCUUGCGGCCGCUUCCUGGAAACGUACAGCGUUCCCGAUGACUCUAAUCAGCUUUCAACUCUACAAGAAAUGCAGGACGAAAUGCUACUUAAUACUCGAAAAGUGUUGGAACAGCCGCACGAUGGCGAUGCUAACGUCAACGGAUCGGUUCGGAAAAUCAAAGAUUUCUACGCUUCGUGUAUGAGUCCGCAUUUGGACGAUGCGGAUUUUGGCGACGUCAGGGACUUGCCACUGUUUGCUUUUCUACAGCCGGGUGAAUUAGGCGCUUGGCCUUUGCUGAUGCUCGAGCCCGGCGACCGUCCGCACGAUCAUGCGUCACUCGAGCACCUGAUCGGGACCCUGGCCGCCCUCCAAGUUCACAGUUUCGUCGACAUUUACGUCACGCAAGACGAACGAAACUCGUCCCAGUACAUCCUCCAGUUUUACAAAGGUGAACCGCUGAUGGAGAAAGACUGGUAUGACGUGAGCAAGAACGAAACGGUGGCCAGACAUUCACGCUGCCUCCGCUCCUAUCGCAAUCUCAUGGAGGAGACUAUUCUUCUGCUGAGCGGCGGUCGGCGUGAGCCACUUGACGAACUCGACGAUAUGCUGGCCUUUGAGGCGCGCUUUGCCAAAAUUUCCAGCAAUUUCUGCGCCGAUGGUGACUUCAUGUUAGAUCCGACGAGCGAUUCGAACCGCACCGGCACCAGCAGCGAAGAUCUAGAGAACUCCGCCUUUCAUCAGGACGUCGUCGUCGAUCACCGCUUGAGCCUCCAUGACAUGGAUGCCCAAUUUCCUGCGAUUAACUGGACAGCAGCCGUGGAGACACUUCUCCGAGCCACCGGAUUAAACGAGCAGGAUCGGUCGGCUCUCCUGUUGUCCGACAUGCCAGUCAGUCUGCAGUGUCGUGAUUUUCUACCCGAGCUAAGCACGCUUCUCAGCACUACACCGACCAGGACCGUAACCAAUUAUUUGAUAUGGCGAUUCGUCUUCAAAUCGAUGCCUCUUAUUACCACCCGUUUCCAGAAAAUGUGGACCAACUUUAAACAAAGCGUGCCCAAUUUGGGUGAAGAGCGCAUUUAUCUCACGAGGUGGAAGCAGUGCGUCGCGCUGGUGAACGAAGGUUUCGGAUUAGUAGCCGCACAUCUUUACGUAACCAAAAUGGCCUCAAAUUGGACGAAUACCUGGAUAUUGCAGCUGAUCGACGAACUGAAAGAAGCUUUCGGCGCAAGCAUCGCCCGCCAAAAGUGGAUCGAAGAGGAGAUGACGCUGCGUCUGCUGGAGAAAUUGGAGGCAAUGGGCUCCAAGAUUGGCUAUCCUAACAAAAUUCUCAACUUGACUCAAUUGGAUCUCGAUUAUCACGAGCUGCACAUUGACAAUGGACACAUUUUCUUCAACGUUAUGCGCAUAAGGCGUCACGAAGUCUGGCGCGAAAUUCAAAAAGUCUUCCAGCCACCGCCCGAAGAGAAGGAAUGGCUAGUUCAACCACUGGUCGUCAACGCCUUUCACAAUCCGUCGACCAACGAGAUCAUUUUCCCGUUAGGAAUCCUUCGCGAGCCUUUCUUCAACCUAGACCUACCAAGAUAUAUGACAUACGGCAAUCUGGGCGUCGUGAUCGGCCAUGAAAUUGUUCACGGAUUCGACGUCAACGGACGGAGAUACGAUCGACAUGGCAACAUGACUCAAUGGUGGAGCGAGUCCUUGAUGCGCGAGUUCAGUCAGCGGGCUGACUGUUUCAUCCAGCAGUAUGCCGCCUUCACGAUUGACCACAUCGAUAAACCGAUUGACGGAAACAGAACAUUAGGCGAAAACGUUUGCGACAGCGGCGGACUUGCCCACGCCUGGACCGCUUAUAAAUCAAAUUCAAAGUCUGGAGGUGAAGAGAUCCGCAGCCCAGAAUAUCGACUGCCGGGUGUCAACUACACCGACGAUCAGCUUUUUUUCAUCACUUACGGACAGAUCUGGUGCGAGGUGCUGAAUGGUGACGGCUACGAGAAGUACACAAAAGAGGCUCACAGUCCGGGGAAAUAUCGUGCAAACGGCGUCCUUCAGAACAGUCCUACUUUCUCUCAAGUUUUCAAUUGUCCACUCGACAGCCCGAUGAAUCCAGCCAACAAGUGCCAACUCUGGAGCUAAUGACGCAAGUCACAAACCUUCCAGGUCGUUGACAUCAGAACAAAGGCUUUUUUUUUUUAAUUUUUAAAUACUCUUGCUCGUCUGUCGGGUCUAGAAAUGGUUGUCGAAAAUCAUAGAUUAUUAUCAUUCUUUCCUGUAUAGUCGAUCCUAAUCAACUAAAAUCAAGUUCAAAUUUUUUGUAUCAUGCGACAUAUUUUCAAUCAUAUGUAUACGACGUCGGUCACCCAAAUGUCACUUUCUUGUCUCGGAAGACAAACCAGUCAGAAAGUUUUCAAUGCGCACAAAGUGUCAUGCUACUCUCAAGUAUUUUCUUCUUGCUCUCUUUAUAAUCUUCAAUUCUAAUACUUCGCAAUCCUCAUGUUAGUUUGAUUUUUAUCAUAUAAAAAAAUAUAUAGUGUGUAAUUAUAUUUCUAAAACCGUGAAAUGCCGCAAUUUCUCCUUCGUCACUCCAUGGCUGACAUUAUCGGUCUAUUUUUUGGUUUGGUUUGGUUUCUUGGUGAAAUUCUAAAAGCGAAAACCCUAAAUGUGUUUAAGUAUUGCAUUAGUCGCAAGUUGUCUCUGUCAUGGUAUUUUAUCCUCUUAGUUUUUGAAUUUCGUGAAAUAUAAUAACCGUCUCACAUA